CUCCUUUUAGCAUCACUGAUGAAACCAUAACUAUUUUUCCUCAACUAGUCAUAGCCAAACUAUUUAUUUACAUUGAUGUCGAUAAGCGCAGUGAUAUGCGCGUUUAACAUUUACAGCGCAAUAUAAAUUUGGAGUUGUUUUGUGACCUUUUUCUGUUGAAGAAAACUCCGUAUAAAACAAUGGACUUAAUAUACUGUAAAGUCUUACUUAUAACGACUCUCCUGAGCGCUUGUCAGGUUCGAAGUGAAACAGUAACGCCUUCCAAACAAUCGGGCCUGCAGGUGCUGGAGACAGCAUCACAUUACUGGCCUCUGGAUUCAGUGGAAGGGAUCAAUGGUUUUUCUGACAAGUUUGGGAACAGAACAGGUCAUGUUAAUGGGACUAACAUAAACAUAAUAGAAGGAAUGGUGAAUAAGGGCAUCUAUCUGAACGGUGAUAAUGGGGCAACCUUCCUCCACUUUGGCAACUAUAAGGACUCCUGCAUAAGUGAUCCUACUCUGUGUGGACCUGAGGGAAUUACUUUCUCCUUCUUCUGGAAAAACCAUGAAGUAGAGUCUCGUUUUGCAAUUGCAUCUGGAGGUAAAGUCGACUCGAGCGGCUUCUCUGUCUACUCCAACCCUCAUGGUGGACGUGUGGAGUUCUACACAAGAGGAGACUCCAAGACAUGGAAGGCAAAGAUCAAACUUCCAGGGCCCUACUGGACACAUGUGCUCUUCACAUGGACCCAAACAGAUGGAUUAAAGGUCUACAUUAAUGGGACUUUCAGCGUAGGAGACCCCACAGGAAAUGUUUCCUCAAACUAUGGUGACCCCUUCAGUGACCUGGUUAUUGGCACAGCAAAUAGCCAGAGAUAUGGCCGCUAUGCCACAGGUGCUUUUGAUGAGUUUGUCAUUUGGAAGAGGGCUCUGUCCCCUAAGGAUGUCUGGCUAUACUACAAAGCAGCCAUCGGCGAGGAUUUGUUGUCCACCUUCACAACUGAAGCAUCAUUCACUGUCUCUUCAGCAACAGAUAUUCUGAGAACAACUGAGACACCCCAGCAUGUCUCCACAAACCUAUCAGAGAAAGUUGAAAGAAUUCAGGAUCCCAUGCGAUUACAAGCAUUGGACUUCCUGCAGACUUUUAGUCUACCAAACAAGACUAUACCUCAGGAAACAGCCAACAAUCUUACACAGUCUUUACUGAGGAGUGUGGAUGAGGUCAUCACCUCCUCCGACUGGAGCGAUAAUGAUGAGUGGAGUCCAGUGGUCAGUGGGCUGGUGGAGACCAUGGAUAAGGUGAUGGUGCACAUGGCCUCCAGACUUCAGUCUGACCCGGACUCAGAGGCUCCUCUGUCCAUAGGAGGCAAGAGCUCUGUGGCAGAUUACUCUCUGAUGAAGAUUCCUCAGAACUACAAUCUGCCUAGCUACCGUUUCCCCACACAAGGAAAGAGUUACAUCUCAGUUCCAGGAGAGGCCCUCACAAUGCAGUCUCAGACUACAAUUGUGGGCCUCUUCUACCACAAAAUGCACAACUACUACAAAAAGAUCAGCCCUCUACAAACAAGGAUUAAUGAGGCAGUGGAUUUUAAAGAUCACAAGAUCCAGAUGGCCAGUCAUCUUAUUUCUCUAAAGGUGGAGCCCUCACCUACCCUGUCAAUCAAUCUGUCCACAGAGCCUCUCAUCAGGAUUGUCCUCACCCACCAGCUGAGUAAAGAGCAGCAGCUUCAGGCCCUAAACCAGAGUAACAAAGUGUUCCUCUACUGCGCUUUCCUGGACUACAGCUCCAAAGAGGGUGUGUGGUCAAAUGAGGGGUGUGUAAGAGCUGAUGGAAACCUGUCCUUCUCUAUCUGCUUGUGUAACCAUCUGACCAACUUCGCCAUUCUUAUGCAGGUGGUUCCUAUGGAGCUCUCAAAGGCCCACCAGGUGGCGCUCUCUACCAUUAGCUACAUCGGGUGCUCUAUCUCCAUUUUCUGCCUGGCAAUUACUCUGGUCACCUUUGCCGUGCUGUCGUCUGUUAGCACCAUUCGCAACCAGCGUUACCAUAUUCAUGCCAACUUGGCAUUUGCCAUCUUAGUCGCUCAGAUCCUUCUGCUCAUCAGUUUCCGCUUCAACCCCGGCACGCUUCCUUGUAAGAUCAUGGCCGUUUUGCUGCACUUCUUCUUCCUAUGUGCAUUCGCAUGGAUGCUGGUGGAGGGGCUGCAUCUUUACAGCAUGGUGGUCAAGGUGUUUGGCUCUGAGGGCAGCAAACACUUCUACUACUACGCCAUUGGCUGGGGAUCCCCUUUGGUCAUAUGUGUGGUGUCCAUGACCUCAUCACUAGACAGCUAUGGGGAGAUUGGCAAUUGCUGGCUCUCUCUUAAGAAUGGGGCGAUUUGGGCUUUUGUAGCCCCUGCUCUCUUUGUUAUAAUGGUUAACAUUGGCAUUUUGAUAGCUGUGACACGGAUCAUAUCGAGGAUCAGUGCUGAGAACUAUAAGGUUCACGGAGACGCCAACUCUGUGAAGCUGACAAUGAAAGCAGUGGCGGUACUCUUGCCCAUCCUGGGCAUAUCCUGGAUCUUUGGGGUUUUGGCGGUGAAUGACCACUCCCUGCUUUUCCAAUACAUGUUUUCAGUGUUUAACUCACUACAGGGGUUCUUCAUAUUCCUGUUUCACUGUCUGUUAAACUCUGAGGUGAGGGCUGCUUUCAAACACAAAACCAAAGUGUGGACUUUAACCAGCAGCUCUAUCCGCAACAUCAAUGUCAAACCUUUCAACUCAGAUAUUAUGAAUGGCAACAAGGAAGGUGUGACUCCAACAAAGAUGAACACAUGGGACAAAAGCACCAACUCAGCCAACCGCAUAGAUUUGUCAGCAGUAUAAAAGUGAUGGGUCUACAUUUGCUUGUCAAUAGUUACUGAUCCAAAGGCAGCAAGAGGACAACGCAGUAACAUUUCCUGUAAACAAUGUCCCUUUAUUAUGGCUCUAUACAAUAUGAAAUAUCACUUUUUAAAAGUAUUUUUAAAGGACCAAAUGGCGAAAAAGCUAUGAACACAUGCAGAUUAUUGUAGAAUGGAACUCACAACACAAAGUUCUCUGAUGUCAUUUCCUCCUGCUGAUGAUCUCUCUAAAAUUACAAAAGAUGGAUGAAGACACAAGGCCCAUUGUUGGAAUAAACAAAGUACUGGACGCUUUCUGCGUUUUCUAAUAAUGUGGCCUGCCAAGGACCUGAAUUAGUUGUACUAAAUGAUGGCGUACUAACUCUCACGUAAAUGAGAUUUUCAUAAGGUACCUGUACUUUAACAAUGUUUUUUUGUUCUGAUUAUUUGGACCAGAUACUAGCUCUGUGCUACAUUUGGACCACUGUUUUGGCUCUCCUUUAAAGGGUCUACUGGUAAUCAUCAAGUACAAGUCUGGAAUGUCCAACUUAAGUGAGAUAUUCUUUGCGGGAGGCUUAAGUGAAAUUGCACUCACGCCAUAAUUAAUACUUUCCAGCUGGCACUACAGCUUCACUGCUGUUGCUUUAGAUUACUUUUGAGGAAUUUUGGGCUCAUUUUCCAUCCCAGACCCGGAAGAGAAAUGCAGUAGAAUAUGUUAUUGUGGAGACAGAAAAACUAAAAGUUUUUCUUUAUUAUUUUGACCCUUUUCUCUUCAUUUUGAUCUAGUAUUGUAAAUAACUCUUUUCUUGAUACCAGUAUUUCAUAAAGGUGGACUGCAUACUUUUACGAUGUACGUGACACAAAAUUGAUGAGAUUAAAUGCUCUAAAGCCAGUAUGCGACACACACAGCAAAAAAGUAUAUGUGAAUGUGCUGUCACAGUCAUAUUUAUGAGUUUUACUAUAGUAGUGUGACCAUAUAUAUAUAUAUAUAUAUAUAUAUAUAUAUAUA